AUGGCGCCUUGCAGCGUGCUUUACAACAAGGGAAAGGUGAUAUCGUGGAUGUCGGGACGCGGCUUCGGCUUUAUUGAGGACGACGUGGACAAGAAGCAGCACUUUGUGCACUUCUCGGCUCUCCAGACGGAGACAGGUGGGUUUCGCUCUCUCACCGUAGGCCAGGAAGUUGAAUUCGAGGUUGCCUCGCAGGACGGACGCACCCGCGCCGAAAAUGUGACCGCGCCGGGGGGCUCGAAGUUGCCAUCCGGCCCGCGACCUCCGGAGGGCAUGGGACGCGGCCGCGGCUUUGGUCGUGGCCGUGGUGCCGGUGGCCGAGGCUUUGGCGGCAACGGAGGCCGCGGGGGCGGCGACAGCUACCAGGGCAGGGGCGGCCAGAACCUCAGCGACGAUUUCUAA